CAUGCAUAUUCACUUGAGGAUUAUUUUUGACAAGAUGGCGAACGACGAAGAGGUCAUCUCAAUCGUCAAGAAAAACGUUACUCGUAUCGAUAAUAUCCCUACUCUAGUCUCGCAUCUUUUGCCCGAUGAGUCUUCAAGUAAUCUCUGUGCUGUUAUUAUACCGGGAAAUCCCGGCCUCAUAGAAUAUUACGACGAUUUUAUAAUUUCGUUGUUUCAAUGGAGCGGGAAAACCCUACCGAUCUAUGGAGUAUCUCACGCAGGGCAUUCCCCUAUCUUAGCAGACUAUUCAAAGCAAGAUGAGGAAGCCUCACCGGAAUGCACCAUCUGCACGGGAACUUACUCUUUACAAGAACAGAUCAAGCAUAAACAAGACUACAUAGAAAAUCAUAUUCCACCAUCGAUGAAGAUAGUCCUGAUAGGGCACUCUAUAGGGGCUUACAUUGCUUUGAAACUACUAAAGGAGAGCAGUAGAGCUGCAGACAUUGUAAAGCUUAUCCUUCUGUUUCCCGCCAUUGAGAGGAUGGCUGCUACACCUAAUGGAAGAAUCAUUACCCCAAUAGUGAACUACUUUAAAUGGUUUGCAGUUUCUACAGUAUCCGUAGUGUCAUACUUGCCAACGUCCUUCACUCGGCUGUUGGUAAGAUGGUGGUUUAGUGGCAAGAAUACAACAAAUAGUGUGGUGGAUACAACUAUGAAGUUACUAACCUCUGAUGCCAGUAAUAACUGUUUGGGAAUGGCAUACUGUGAAAUGCAAGAAGUUCAAGAUCUUGAUACUGAGGUGAUAGGUAACAAUCUAAAGAAGAUUAUAUUCUACUAUGGAUCAUCAGACCAGUGGGCUCCUGUGUCAUACUAUGAAGAACUCAAGUCUAGAUUCCCAGAGGGGGAAAUCUAUCUAUGCCAGCGAGGAUUUGAACAUGCUUUUGUUCUGAGUGCAUCUGUGGAAGUGGCAGAGAUGGUCUGGGGAUGGAUUGAAGGCAUGGCUCCCUAUGAAUGACAAACAGUACUCAAGAGGGUGAUGGACUAUUAGGGUUAUUUCAAUAAUAAUAUAACAGUAAUAUACAAUUGGCAAUCAGGUUUCCAUGGCCCCUCCCUCUUUGCUAUUUUGGUUCCAAAUAGUGAUAAGGCCCUGUGGAGUUGGACGAUAUAAUGGUUGGUGGUAUUGUGAUGUGUGUAACAUUUUUAAGAUGUCAUUCUACAGACUCUGCUAAGGGGCCGACCAUUUUAAUUUUGAGGGGGGGUGGAUGAUUUUUUUUUUAAUAUCCUGCAUGGCCUGAAGGGCUGGAAAAAAUAUCCUGCAUCAAUUGGUGGAUGAAAAAAAAAUAUCCUGCACACACAAAAACGUCCACCCCCCCCCCAACACACACACACACACACCUCCUCAAAAGUCAAAUGGUUGGCCCCUAAGUACAUUUUAAAAGUAAUGCAAGGGCUUACAAAAUAUUAUUUUUGGGUUGGCACAAUUCAGAAACAUUAAGAAAAUAAUGGAGGCACAGCCACGCCCAUAUUGGUCAUUUUCAUAUAAUUUUUGAAACUAAUGCCCCACCGACAAGUACGGUCCUGAGAUAUUGCAUUUUUUGGCGGCCCCGAAGACAUCAUCACACACCUAGUACACUUAGCUCUAAAUAACAAACGCCUCUUGCAUCGGAAUCGCUUCCAAGUUUUUAAGAAUACUAUAUAGAUUUGAAUUGAUAACUAUUAUUCAUAUGGCUCUUUUUUACAAAUUUAUAGAAAGUUGCCGGGUAUCUAGUAUUUGGGGAUUCACUCUCGGGUUUCUAGACACUUCGUUUCAUUUAAUAACGCAAUGUAUAUAAGUACAUUUCCAUGUAAUUUUGUUAUUUAUUUAUUGAUUUUUAUGAUAAUAUACAAUGUCAAAAUGAAAUUGAGAUACGAAAUAAAGCAUGCCUUUUA